AGCAAGCAAAACAACUGCUGUUUGAAACACGUCUCUCUAGCUACUCUCGCGUGCGUUCCAUCCAAGAAGAUGCAUCGUGUUUUUAAUGCAGUGAUGGCCGCCGAAAGAGAAAUUGGACAGAUAGGCAGAGCCCUGCAAUCGGUAGGACAGCGUGUGGAGUCAGCUUUCCAGUCAAGAGAUGAGAUCAUUGCGAAAGAAUCCCCAGAGUUGCGACUGGUGGCCGUCACCAAGACUAAACCCAAAGAGAUGGUGAUCGAAGCCUACAAAUAUGGACAGAAGAACUUUGGAGAAAACUAUGUUCAAGAACUGGUUGAGAAAUCCCACGACGACGAGUUACAAAAAGCCUGUAAUGACAUCAGGUGGCACUUCAUCGGUCAUUUACAAACCAACAAAGUGAAGAAAGUCCUUGAGUCGCCAAACUUGUACAUGGUAGAAACAGUGGACUCCAUGAAGCUAGCCAACGAGAUCAACAAGACAUGGGAGAGGCUAAACAAGGGUCACAGGUUAAAGGUCAUGGUGCAAAUCAACACAAGUCGAGAAGAACAAAAACAUGGUGUUCCCACGUCAGAAUGCUGCAACCUAUACGACCACAUCAGACAGCAUUGUCAAGCUCUUGACGUUGUUGGUAUUAUGACAAUCGGUGCCUUUGAUCACGACCUGAGUAAAGGUCCCAACCCCGACUUCCAGGCUCUUAUUAAGUGCCGUGAGGACAUUUGUAGUACGUUUAGUCUCCCCAAGGAGUCAAUUGAGCUUAGCAUGGGGAUGUCCAAUGACUUUGAACAUGCAAUUGAAAAUGGCAGUACUAACAUCAGAGUCGGCAGUACAAUAUUUGGGGCUCGCACAUACAAAACCAAACCAGAAACCGUCAAAACGAAAUCUGUCGACAAAGCUCACGAGGACACGGCUUCGAGAAGUGACCAGGAGAGGAGUGUUUUCGUCACUGGUAUGGCGGAGCUUUCUCUCUAGAACACUCAAAAUUGCAGCGUUGAAGUUUUUGCUUCGAUUGUCGCUUUGGAAGAUUCAACUCUCAAAGGAUACCCACCGGAUCUGGAAUCCGUCGAACUCCUCCCCUUCGCUAAUGAGACUGACAUCUACGUUGUCUUCAUCAAAGUUAACAUCACGCAGGAUCAGUGUUCACCACUGUGUGCCACAGAAGUGAAACCUUUUCAUGUUUUGUAGGUUGUUUUUGUCAUGCUGAUAUUGACUGGGAAAAAAAGGGUAAACUGUAAAUGGUAAGUAUAAAGCCCUAACUUGUAAUGCACUUACCAGAGGCACUGUACUUGGCUUCUACGUUUCAACGUCAGUCUUGUUCUGUCUUAAUGGUCUAUUCCUCAAGAGAACUUGGCAAACUCCCACAAGGGGAUAUAAACGCCAAGCUGGCAAUGGUCAAUCUCUCAAUGAUUAUGAGUUGCACAGAUCCAGUAAGUGGAAGUAUGUAUUCUAGUCCUUGUGAAAUUAGUGGCAAGCUUGGUAAAAUUCGAACUGACAACCUUAUGAUUGCAAGUCCUGCAGUCUAACUACUGGACCACAGUCACCUCUGAAAUUGUCGUCCUCGUUGUGUGAUAAGGACAAACAAUCCAAUUUUGGUGAUUUGUUAUCAGAAAAUGCCAUCUACAUCUCAUCGUGUGAUUGGAAGAAGAACAAGGCUUUAGCAUUCAAUGUGCAAAAGUAUGUUUCAGAAAAGUUUGAUGUUUUUUUUGUUGUUGCCAUUAUUAAGUCAUUUUAAGGUACAUGUAGAAGGAAAUUCUGCAUGGGAAAUGAGAAAAUGGUGUCCUUCGGCUCGGGUCCGGGGAACUUCUAGCAACAACAAAAACGCAACAGUCAUGCAAUAUUAUUUUAAUUGUCAUAAUCCAUUUUUUGCUUAUGACCUGG